CCAUGUCGUCCAUCCUGCCCUUCACCCCCCCGAUCGUGAAGCGCCUGCUGGGCUGGAAGAAGGGCGAGCAGAACGGGCAGGAGGAGAAGUGGUGCGAGAAGGCGGUCAAGAGUUUGGUCAAGAAGCUCAAGAAGACCGGGCAGCUGGACGAACUGGAGAAGGCCAUCACCACGCAGAACGUCAACACCAAGUGCAUCACCAUCCCCAGGUCCCUGGAUGGCCGACUGCAGGUGUCCCAUCGGAAGGGGCUCCCCCAUGUCAUCUACUGCCGCCUGUGGCGAUGGCCUGACCUCCACAGCCACCAUGAGCUGCGGGCCAUGGAGCUAUGCGAGUUCGCCUUCAACAUGAAGAAGGACGAGGUCUGCGUGAAUCCCUACCACUAUCAGAGGGUAGAGACCCCAGUUCUACCUCCUGUGCUGGUGCCACGACACACAGAGAUCCCGGCCGAGUUCCCCCCGCUGGACGACUACAGCCAUUCCAUCCCCGAGAACACUAACUUCCCCGCGGGCAUCGAGCCCCAGAGCAAUAUUCCAGAAACCCCACCCCCUGGCUACCUGAGUGAAGAUGGAGAGACCAGUGACCACCAGAUGAACCACAGCAUGGAUGCAGGUUCUCCAAACCUAUCCCCGAAUCCGAUGUCCCCAGCGCACAACAAUUUGGACCUGCAGCCUGUCACCUACUGCGAGCCAGCCUUCUGGUGCUCCAUUUCCUACUACGAGCUGAACCAGCGCGUCGGGGAGACCUUCCACGCCUCCCAGCCCUCCAUGACCGUGGACGGCUUCACCGACCCCUCCAACUCGGAGCGCUUCUGCCUGGGACUGCUCUCCAAUGUCAACAGGAACGCGGCUGUGGAGCUCACACGGAGGCAUAUCGGGCGAGGCGUGCGGCUGUACUACAUCGGAGGGGAGGUCUUCGCCGAGUGCCUCAGUGACAGCGCCAUCUUUGUCCAGUCUCCCAACUGUAACCAGCGCUACGGCUGGCACCCAGCCACCGUCUGCAAGAUCCCGCCAGGAUGCAACCUGAAGAUCUUCAACAACCAGGAGUUUGCCGCCCUCCUGGCUCAGUCUGUCAACCAGGGCUUCGAGGCAGUCUACCAGCUGACCCGGAUGUGCACCAUCCGCAUGAGCUUCGUCAAAGGCUGGGGAGCAGAGUACAGGAGACAGACAGUGACCAGCACCCCCUGCUGGAUUGAGCUGCACCUGAAUGGGCCGUUGCAGUGGCUUGACAAGGUCCUCACCCAGAUGGGCUCCCCAAGCAUCCGCUGUUCCAGUGUGUCUUAGAGACAUUGGGUGUGAAGGGGGAGGGUGGGAAGGGACGGGCUUGGGGGAAGAAGGCCGUGUAGGACGUGGAGAAAAUUGGAACUCAACUCACUAUUGUCAAUGAAGAAGUUUUUCUCCCUCAAUCAAGGCGGCACCAGCCUGUUUUCCAAAACACAAAAGCAAACCCAGAGAUGGAUCUUAGGAACAGCUGUGCCUGCUGAACACAUUUGCCCUUUGGCCCCAGUUUGGAGGGCAAGAAAUGGCUUCUGCUCUGGUGGCAUGAGCAAACAGGUAGUAUUUCACCACUUGCCCCCUCCUCCCAGCCUCCUUCUGUUUCAAUGACCGCAAUCUAGGAUGUCACUGUCCAACGGGAAAUGGCCCUCGUUUCCGGACUGGAGUGUGAAACUCACCUUGGGUGUUCUAGGUAGAGUAGAGCCUGCAGGGCCACGAGCAAACCUCAUGCCUGGCCCUCUGGCACUUUUAACAAAGGCUUCAACUGAGCCUUCCUGAGCUCCAGCACUCCGGCAGACCCUGCACCCCGGGAGCUGGACUGACUUGUGGCGGGGAGGGGGCUCGUCUGUCUCCUCUCCUCUCCGAGCGGAUGGAUACGUGUGAGCCGGUGUGUUCAGAGCAUGCACACAGGCACAGUGGGGAAAGCUGGUGAGACACCUCCUCUCUCAAAUUUGUCCUCACUUUGAACGGGUGGGAGAUCUGCCGGGGCUUCUGCAACGUAUAGAACAUCUUCUCACGUUGAUCUCAGAGAUGUGAAUUACACAAAGUGCUCACACAAAGCAGGAGGCAGCGGUCGCAUCGCAGUGUUUGAGCAUGGGUCUCCAGUCAUCUGUAAGAGCUCGCUUGCUAUCCUUCUGCAUCCGGCUAUCUCGGUUUACGUAGUCAGUUGCGCUAAUUAAAUGAGCUUUAUCGUAUGCUCGUUUAAAUGUUUAUUUUAUAUUAAAAAAAAAAAUCCUGGUUGGCACACUGACUGGGAAACCAGCGUGGGGCCCAGCAACCUCUCUCUCAAGGUGAAGCUGUUCCAGGUUUUGUUGAGAAGACACCUGCCAGCAGCACUUUUGGAAACUGAAAUUAACAGAAGCAAAUUCACCAGAAGGGAAAAAUCUCAGGCCAACACAGGCAAAUGAAAAGGGCUAUUAAAACUGUUUUUUCUUUUUUUUUUUUUUGUUUUACACCUUUGAAAACUGCAGGCUUGGUGCACAGAGGUCUGUCAUCCUCCCCCUGGGAUGUAAGAUUAUCUAGCUCACAGUAGAGGAUCAUCAGUGACGACUAUAGCAGCUAUAUUGUAUAAUAAGUACUGUUCCCAGUGGCAAUUAGUGAGAAAAUGGUUAUAAAUUAUUGCAACUGGAAAAAAAAAAAAAAGCUCUCCUUUUUACUGGCCUUUUGCAGAAUCCAGCAGACAGAAUUGCCACUUGCAAUUGGUACUUUAUUCCUUGUUGCUGUUUUUGUAUGAAAUGACUUAUCCCGUAUUUUUGCAUGGAUUUCUACCAGGAAAAGUGAAGGGAUUUCCUAUGGAAGUCCCGUCUUCUUCCAGGUGAAGGGGAGAAAGUGUAUACUUCUGGCAGGUAAAAACCUCAAAUGUGAUGACAUUUCUGAUGCCUUACGGAGAUGUUGGGGGCUUCCUGGUGCCUCCCCGGCAGGAUCCUAAUGCCUCUGCAGCUCUAGCCUUAUGGUUUCCAGGUAGGAGAGCUGCUGUCCAAGCUCCCUGAGGACACAGGAAGAGAUGGGAGGAGCACCUUGCCAGACCUACGCUUCGCUUUUCCCGGGGCUUGUUGACACAGAACCCAGAGACCACACAAAAGCCCUGUUGACCUGAGAGGGUCAAAUACUGCAGGUUGGAAGUUUGCCUGCUGUGCAAUGAUCUGUGGACUGCUUCUUCCAGGAAGCUCUGAACCUCCUGGAUGUGCAUUCACGCUCCGGGUCAGGUCUGAGACUCAUGGUGUGGAAUAUCCCAUUUUGGCCUCUGCUGGUGCAAUCGUGCCCUUCCUAAGAGCCAGGGCGGCGGUUCCCGAGGGCCUGAGUCUCCACCUGCUCCAUGAUCCUCUGAGGACUUCCUAUGGCACACAGCUGUCCUCCAGUUACUCGGGAACUAGCUUCAGGUACAGCACAACCUCGGCGACCCAGUGGCUAUGCAUGGAUGGGGUCUUACAACCCAUGAUGUUCAGAGCUGAAGGCUACUUUUAGGAGGCAUGAAGUUUUAGUUUUGUGUUUCUCCAAAAGCUCACUCGGCCCCUCUUCUUUAUAGACUGCUCCUUGGAGGAGGAUGUGAGAGGAAAAUGUAGGUAAGUCCCCCUCUGGACGAAAUUCAGUCCUACCCAGAGGUGAAGACCCUUCCCGUCACAGAGGCUGCCUAGGUGCUUUGGGCUUGUGUAAUAUUAGCGUCCUUCCUUUAAGUCACAAAGCUUGUUUUCUGAAUUUGAAGAACCCGUUGUCUGAAUGGCAUUUACACGUUAAAAUCUUUUUAAAGGACAGUUGAAGGGGGGCAAGAGAAAACAGGGCAGUCUAGUGGGGGUGGAGGGCAGGUUUAAGCGUAGGUGUCUGGGCUCCCCUCCAAGUUGUCUUCACCUUGUGGCUCGUGCUGCCGCUGACCCGAGCCACCAGCACCGGGGUGGAGAUCCUCGGCUGCACCCCAGACCCCCCGAGCCAACGUCUGUUCUCUUCCCUUUCCUCCCCCACCCCCCUUCCUAACUUUAUUUAGUAACUUUGGUCCUUCCAGCACAAGCAAACGUAGGUAGCUGCCCCAGCAGGUUCGGGUUACAGGCCUGUGCUGGAACAUCAUCUCAGUUGGCCACUUUCCUGGCAGGCUGUAGACGAUCUGACAUUUUGAGACGAGCCUAGAGUCAGGAGCGGGGACUUUGACUCUUAGGAAGCACACACGAGGGCAAGGCUGCUGGCAGACUUUCCCGUCAUCCUGAUGUUGUCUUUUUUGGUUUUUUUUUUUUGACCGUGGUGAUAAUUUUUUUUUAAUCAUUAACGUAUUGGAAUGAGCUGUAGCACGUUACCUUGUGCUUAGUUUUUUUUCUCCAUCUUCCUUUGGCUCCCUAGUGCUUGGACAUAUUCCAGGGCUAAGUGCUUUUACUCAGAGCGCAGGAAAAGGCUUUCUUUAGGUAGUAUGUGCAUGCAUGUAUGUAGUCUGGGCAGAAGGCAGAUAGGGUUUCAUCCUUAGCCCCAAGCUGCCCUUUCUGAAGCUCCGGGAAGGUCUCCGUAGGGCCAGGUCUCGCCUCAGGCCGCUCUCUGAAGUCCUUAAAAGGAGAGGGAGGAAAAGGAAUCAGGGGACUGUUUCCAAGGGGGUUACUGGUACCAAGAGCGGGCAUGAGUUGAGUUCUGGACUCUGUGGGAUUUUAAGUGGCAGAGUGGGGAGUUUUCCCCCAAAUCUGUGUCUGUCCUCGCUUUACUAGAAGAAAGCCUCAACACAGCUGUGGCAUACCAUUUUUCUUUUUGUGUCAUGAAUGUUCCCUUCUAGAUCAUCCUUUUGAGGAGUAUCGGCUACUUCUCAAGAGGGUGGGAAAGCAAAAGCAAAAAAAAAAAAAAAAAAAAAAAGACACAAGAGGAUAUGGUUCCCACAUGACAAGGAGGCAUCCCUGGUGGAGGGGUGGCAGUCAGUGGGGAAAGGACUUUUCAGAAACACAGCUCUCACGUAAACUUGCCUAUUGUGUGAACUGGAUUGAGCAAUGCUCUCAGUGAUUCUGUAACUUUUUGUUAUGCUGAAGUAUAAUGUACACUCUGGCGUUCUGGUGUUUUUAUAUUUAUGUAAUAAUUUCUUAAAACCAUUCAAGACCGAGAACUAUUUAAUUUUUUGAAGCAAGUUGGAAAGGUCUCUCCUCCCAAGGACUGACUGUGGCUGGGAAGAGUCGGGGGCCCAGCGGCUCAGCCUCCAGAACCGACCGCCCCCCCAACCCCCGGGCAGGCCACAGGCGAGGCAGCGAUCCCGAUCCCUGGGGUCCCCUCCAGGCCCUUUGGGGUGGUGAGAACUUGACGCAGAGGGUUAGAGCCAGAGCCCCCUCCCUGCUGCUGUGUCGAGGCGGUCCCGGACUCUGGUGGGGUGUAUCAGGGUGGGGGGACAGAGCGGGGAGGCUGUGAUUACCUUCCCUUCUCAGCCAGCCUGACCUUUUAAUACCUUUGUAAAAAGCAUGUAUGUAUUUAUAGUGUUUUAGAUUUUUCUAACUUUUGUAUCUUAAGAGCAGAGCACCUGUUUAAGCAUUGUACCCCUCUUGUUAAAGAUCUGUGUCCUCUCUUUCCCCUGUAAGUACCCUUCUAAUAAACUUUUCAUCGAAAAGCU